CUUUUAUUCUCGGGUUUUAUCCAUUCACUCUUUCGAAGUUCGGGCUGGCUCGCUUCACACUCAUUCAGCUCUCUUUUCCGUCUCGUUGACGUUCGUAUCUACACUCUUUUUUGGUUUCGACCAUACACACGUUCCUUGCGAUUCUGCCAGUUCAAUCUCAUUCAUUUAUCAUUCAAAAUCCCGAUUAUCUGGUUCCUGUAUUGUGCAGAGUAUCGACGCCUCGAGAUAUUGAAAAGUGAAGCGUUUUGCGAAAGGAACGCAACUUACAAGACUCGGGAGAACCACGAUUGCAUCACAACCACUCCGUUGAAUAACUUUACCUGGAUCUACCGAACCUUGUGAAAACCGUUGAUCGUCGAGUCGUUACAGAAAACGGCAGGCUGACAUAGGCUCCAACGGUUCCCUAAAGUUUAUCAACGAGGCUUGUUGACUACUCAUUUCGAAAACGGCUUUCAUCUGAACUGUCGGCAUCAUUGCUCUCCAUUACCGAGACUCUUCUGGUUCAGUUUAAUUGAAUUUCUGCCAAAAGCUUCCCGAAGCGUCUGUCAACCACUUUACGCUGAGACAAGUCCACCGAUUGUGCGGUAGUUGGCGUCCGUAAACCGGAAGCGGCACCAUUGGACAAAGCAUUAUUUGUCCUUGAUUCAAUCCAGCACCAUCAAAGCCCCGGGUGGCUCAAUCCGGCAGUGUGGCAGUGACCUCGACGUUGAGAUCUGAACCACGCGUUGGAAUUCAAGGUCUCGGAUUCUCAGCGGGGCUGGCCAGACUAUUCGCAAGAGUGCGACCGUCGAGCAAUAAAGGUAUCCCCAGCCAUUACAACUUUUGCUUUCAAUAUUUCCUCUUUGGUCCCUACUUUCGUUUCUUUUUGAAUCAAUAUUGUUCGGAAAGGGAAUUUCGAGGAUUACAGAAACUCAUCAUCUAUUUGACUGAAACUCCACAAAACGCUGACGAUCGCCUCGUUGCAUCGUCCACUCCUUCAAAUAUCGCCUCUCGAAGGCUGAAUUUCAAGCCUGAAUAGGCCAAUACCAUCAAGAUGCUUAAAUCACUCGUCACUCUUUCAGCUGGGCUAGUAGGUAGCGCCCAUGCUUUCUGGCGCAUGGAGUGUCCCGGCCGUGUUGGACUUGCCCGUAUUGAUCCCAUCGUCGAUCCUGGCACAGUUUCUAAGCAUGCCCACGCAAUUCAUGGGUCUUCCAACUUCGCCGAAACUGUCACCACCGAACAACUCAUAGAUGCCGAUUGUACAUCGUGUCGAGUAACACAAGACAAGUCUUCUUACUGGCAUCCUGCUAUGUAUUUCCAAGAUGGCGACUCUGGAGAGUUCGAGCUUGUUCCUCAAGUGGGUGGUAUGCUUGCUUACUACCUCCUCUUUGGAGAUAACGUGACAGCUUUCCCCCCUGACUUCCGAAUGCUAUCUGGUUCAAAUGACAGAAGAAGCUACACCAUCGGUGAUCCAAGCAAGCCAGACCCGGAGAAGUCUAUGUGGCAAGCUCUCGGUCAGACCACGCAAAGCGAUCUAGCUCAACGGGCACUCGGGUUCAACUGUCUGAACUACCAAAAAGCCCCCGAGGGCACCCUCUAUCGUCACUACAUGCCUGAUAAGGCUUAUCUCGAUGCGAACUGUGCUGAUGGCAUCCGUCUUGAAAUCAUGUUCCCAUCGUGCUGGAAGGGUGGUGAUGCUGUUGACAGCCAAAACCACAAGGACCACGUCGCAUUUCCCGAUCUCGUUAUGACAGGCACUUGCCCUGAGGACUAUCCUGUCCGCCUACCUAGUCUCAUGUAUGAGGUCAUCUGGAACACAGCCGCUUUCUCCGAUCGUAACGGCCGCUUUGUCUUUGCCAACGGAGACACUACCGGCUACGGUUUACAUGCAGAUUUCAUCAUGGGCUGGGAGGAAGAGUUCCUUCAGAAUGCCAUCAAUACUUGCACCAGCGAAACAGGAAGAAUCGAGGACUGCCCUCUCUUCGACGUUGUUAGCGAACAGAAGGCCACCUCAUGCGAGAUGAAACUUCCCAAAGCUUUGGCCAACGAGGAUGUGAAGGGUCCUAUGAAAGAGCUGCCAGGCGGCGAUGGAGUUACUUAUGGAGAUGGCUCUGACGUCGAGCAGCCUGACCCAACCGAUGGUGCUCAUGCACCCACAUUGACUUACUCACCUGGCGACCGACCAGAGAACUCUGCCUCGCCUCUUCCUGGUCAAGUUUUCAAGGUGUCGUCAGCCUAUGGGGCUGUGGCUCCUGGCGCAAGCUCCAAGACCACUGCUAAAGAUGUUCCAUCAUCCGUUGAACAGAAGCCAUCUCUGUCCACGGAUGAAGUCCUCAUCCCCACAAUUGCCGCUGGAGAUGUGGGCGCGGCUGCACUCAAAGAGUCUACGAUUGCUGAGCCUCUCCCAGCUUCGGCACCUACAACCACCCCAGCACCGGAACUGCAGCCUGUGACAGACACAAAGAGCUACUUCAGCACACAGUUUGUAACAAACGGCAACCUCGUGAGCAAGAUCCUCUGGGACGAGGAAGUGGUCUAUGUGACCGAUCUCCAAGAGGAAGUUGUGGUUGUUACUGUUACAUCAACUGCUGUUGUCGCACCCUCAGCGGCACCAGCCCGGAGGAGACGCCGUGGAGCUCACCUCCAUGGACAUGGACAUCGAUAUUUCUAACAUUAAACAAUGGGAUUUAAAAGGAAAACAAAAAAGGACAAAAACAUUUGCUUCUAUUGUCUGGCUGGUUCCAGGUGUUCGUAUGUUAUGCAUGGUUGGAAGAGGAGCAUUUGGCUUGGAGGUUUUUUUCUUCAUAGGAGGACAAUGGCAGCCCACGAGUUUGGGAACAUGUAUGUAAACUUAGAGAGAAACAACCUGCUACAAAUACAGGAAUGAUGAAUGACCAUAACUCGUACAGCCA